AUGACAACCCUCAACUUAAAUACCCUCUUCACCUCCCUCCCCACCAAAAACUGGACCCUCCUCCGAGUCCUCAAAAGCGCCAACCCGCACGACAUCAACGGCAACCUCCACGGCACCGCAUCCUUUACCUCUCUUCCUGACACCACCACACAAGAUCCCCCCUCCCCGCAGCGCCAACUCCUCUACACCGAGACGGGCACCCUGCCGCCACACAUCGGACAUAAUCUACAAUGGAAGAAGAGUUAUAUCUGGAGGUUGAAAUCAUCCCCAUCUACAGCUACAUCCACAGCUACACCUACAGUCAAGGAUGAUUUAUCCGUCUGGUUUGUGAAGGUGGGUGAUGAGAAGGUCGCGGAUUAUUUGUUUCAUGGGAUGGAGUUUCUUGAUGAUGGUGAUUCGGUGGGUGGUGGGGAUAAGGAUAAGGAUGAGGAAGGGGAGGAGUUUGUGAGUGCGCCGGUGCCGCCGCCGGCGACUAUACCUGGAGGAGAUAAGGGAGGGGAGCAGACAGUGGUGGUUACGGCAAGGGGGAAUCAUCUUUGUAUUAAUGAUAUGUAUCGGACGGCGUAUGCGUUUCGGGUGUUGAAAACUGAGAAUGAUGGUGAUGGUGGGGAUGGGGAUGGGAUUGGGGAGGUGGUUAGUUGGGCGAGUAGACAUGUGGUUAAAGGGCCGAAGAAGGAUCAGGAUAUUGUGAAUUAUUAUACGGUGAGGGAGGGGGUUUAG